UAUAACAUAUUACGUGUCGUAGAUUUGUACUCGAUAUUAUUUCUGAUUGGUGUUUUAUCACAGUUUCUGUUGAACAAGUGUUGAUCUUAUGACGUUAGGCAGAGUGAGUGGUUUGAUUCUCGGGGUCCUAUUGCUGGGGCUCUGUCAGAGUGAAGAUGCCGCUAGGCCCAAACCUAUAAUAGAAAAUUCACAAGAAUGCUCGAACAUAGUGAACUGUAUCGUUGACCCAUGCCAAGUAAGCGCCGAGUGUCCCGGAUAUCCCGACGCGAAAUGUGUAGCCAGCUACUGCGGGGGAUGUUACACUCGUUUUGUGGACUCCAGUGGCAAUGUUAUUGAAGAGUGCUCCCACCAGCCUAACCAACGAUGUGAAGGAGGACAGAAGUGGAAUAAGUGUGGUAGUCCUUGUACCAAGUCCUGUGAUGCUCCUAAUCCUCUUUGCACGGAGGUUUGCGAGGCUAAGUGCGAGUGUCCCCCAACCAAACCUAUUUGGAGAGAUGGAAAAUGUAUUACUGAGGAAAUGUGCCUGGAACCUCCUCCUCCUCCUGCAAAAGAGUGCAAGAGUAACCUUGAAUACAAUGAUUGUGGCAGUGCAUGUGUCCGACCUUGGCGCACUUGUAGUCAUAAGGAAGACACUGAAGCGUUCUCUAUAGCUGAGAGUGGGAAAAAGGAGAAUGAUCUCGACUGUCCUGCUGUCUGUGUAGGAAGAUGUGAGUGUCCUAAAGAUGCUCCUGUCCUUCAUAACCGUGUUUGCAUUCCUGAAUCUUCUUGUCCAGAGGAACCUGAGGAGUGCAAGGAUUGGAUACCUAAGUGUCCCGUCAAGCCCUGUGAACAACACGAAUGCUCCUCAAACUCGGAAGCAACCUGUAAGCCCUACUACUGUGGAGGCUGUUUCGCUAACUUCUUCGACGGCGAGGAAGUCGUCGAAGAGUGCAGCGCAAGUAAAGAAACUUGUAGUGGUGGCCAGGAAUGGAGCGAAUGUGGGCUGGCUUGUCUGAAGACUUGCAACGACCCUGAUCCGGUCUGCACCAAGAACUGUGUGCCCAGGUGUCAGUGUCCUGCUGACAAACCUAUCUGGAAGGAGGGAGAGUGCGUGGCAGUGAGCCAAUGUGACUCAAGUCAGUGUAAGAGCAACCUGGUGUUCAACGAGUGUGGGAGUGCUUGUACUCCAUCUUGUAGGGAUCCCAAUCCAAUGUGUACAGAGCAGUGUGUACCGAGGUGUGAGUGCCCCAAGGAACUACCUAUAUUCCAUCAACGUGUUUGUACUACGGAGGAGAAGUGCCCGGAGAUACCUGAACCUGAGUGCAAAGGAGGAAUGGUAUUUGAGGAGUGUGCGAGCAAGUGCACCCCAACAUGUGCUGAACCCGACCCAUUCUGCACGUUCGAGUGCGUGGCUAAGUGUACAUGUCCUCCAAAUACUCCUAUUCUUCACAAUGGGGAGUGUAUGCCAGCCAACGAGUGCCCUGAGACGCCAGAAUGCGAAGGAGGGACAGUGUGGAACACCUGCGGUAUGAGCUGUACUAUUACAUGUGACGACCCCCGGCCAAUGUGCACCAAGGAAUGUGUGGAGAAGUGUCAAUGUCCUCGGUCCAGUCCCUUCCUGCACGAGGGACAGUGUAUACCUAAGGACCGGUGCCCUGCUAAAGGUCAAUGUGAACACGAUGGAAACGUGUAUGAUGUGGGAGAUGAGUGGAAUACAGACCCAUGUACUUUUUGCUCUUGUAUGCUGAAUGAAGAAACAGGCGAGAAGAUUGAAAUGUGUGCCUCUGUUAAAUGCGCAUUCCCGAUCUGUGAAACAGAGGUCAUCUAUCCAAAGGACCAGUGUUGCCCUAUAUGUGCUGAUCCGUGCAGUGUCAAAACAAGUGAGGGAGAAAUUAAAUUAUAUGAAGCAGGAGACGAGUGGAGCCCAGACCCAUGCACAACUUGCCACUGUGUUGAAACAGGCGACGGUAAGAUGGAGCAGAUGUGUGCUAAGAUCUACUGUGACAUCCCCAUUUGUGAGACAGGAGAACUCAAAUGGAGUAAAGAUGCUUGUUGUCCUUCUUGUGCUGACGAGUGUACACACAGAGGAACAGGAUACGAGAUCGGUGACUCCUGGAAACCGGACGACUGUACCUCUUGCCAAUGUUAUGAGGAAGAUGGAGAGAAGAAGCAGAUGUGUGCCAUGAUGAGUUGCAUGCUUCCUGGACCUAACUGUAAACCCUAUUAUGUGCCUGGAGAAUGUUGUCCAAGAUGCGAGGACGACUGUUCAUUAGUGGAUUGUGCCAGCACCGACGGUUGCCUCUGGGAAAUAGUACAGCUGAAAGGAGAUUGCUGCCCACUUUGUCUGAAACCUUGUUACUCAGUCGAGGAUGGAGAGCUGAUUUUCCACAAGGAAAACGAGCCGUGGCAAGAUACUCCGUGCCGUACUUGCACCUGUGUCCGAGAUGAGAAAACUGGCUACAGAAACGAGUGUAUGGAGAUUAUGUGUGACAUACCAAUUUGUGGACCAGAAUCAGAACUUAUUUAUGACGAUAAGACAACGUGCUGUCCGUAUUGUUCUGAUCCGUGCUCACUUGGGAAAGAAACCUACGAUAUAGGACAGUCUUGGAAACCAGACCGUUGUAUGAGUUGCGAAUGUAUCGAGGGAGAAGGAGGCACUAAACAGAAGAUUUGCAUGGCCAUGGACUGUGCGCAACCCGAGGAAGGUUGCGAAUUUGUCUAUUCUGAAGACGCCUGCUGUCCCAUCUGUCAGAAGCCGUGUGAGAUGUAUGACGGAGGUAAAACUAUCGAAUACCAGCCUGGUGACGAGUGGAAACCAGACGCUUGUACUUUUUGCUACUGUGGACUCAACGGUAACUUUACUCUCACGUUUGUGAUAAUUUUAAAGAUAUUGUAUACCAGAGUUUUAGAAAACAUCUUGCUGUUGGAACUUUGGAAGUUACAGGAACAAAACAUUUUUCAAAUAUCCAUAUAA